AUGACAGAUAUAUACUUCUUUACGCGUGCUUAUCUGUACCUGGCAUAUGAGAAUAUUAAUGUCUGCACUUUCCAUUUGGAGAAAACUCUUUUGAGUCUACAUCUGCCAGCUACCCAACUGUCUAGCUGCAAUUUUUUGCAGGGCCUAACCGCGUCCCAAGACUAUAUACUUUUUAUGUUUGCAUACAGUUUGUCUCGACAACCUAUUUUAAUUCCAGUAAUGGCUGACAUUGAAACCCAUGCACUCUGUGGGCGUGUAUUUUUCUGCAGCCAAGGCGAAAUUGUUCUUUUUUGGUGCUGCUGCUGCGUUACAGUGUCUCCUGAAGAAGCCAAAGAAAGGACAGUAGUUAAAUACUCAGCAAUCCCAGCACCGCUGUUAUCUGAUAGAGGGAUAUCUAUUUCUUUAAGGCAAGCAUGGAUUAUGAUUCAAUUUAUAAGCUUAGUACCCAUUAUUCGCAAAUUUAGCUUGUUGAAAUGGCAUGUCAGAGUACAUAAAUUCUGGGCGCAUUCUUCAUCUAUUAAUCGAUGGUAUUCCUUCCUUUGCGAUGAGAUUGCAGAGAAGAGGCUUAAGUCUACCAUCUUCGUGAUUAACAAGCACAUGCUGGUUCAUCUUGGUUAUAUCAUGAGAGAGAAGGGUCCGCUGCGAGUGUAUAGCUGCCGUCCAAUUGAAUGCCUUAUUAGUGCAUAUCGAGCUACAAGAGGGUCCCGGAAAGAAACAAGAAAAAACAUGGAUAAUAUCCUGUUUUGUAAGGCCGGAAUACGGCAUUGCCUCAGUGGUCGGUCUGCUGUUGUGAGACCAACCGACAGAAGGACCGGCAGCUUCGAGGUCGCGAGUGAUGAUGUUGUUGGUCCCGAGCUUUUGUCGAGCCCAACAAGAAUGUUUCUUGGUGCUGUGGAGAAAGAGAUGUGCAUGAAUUACGGUAAUUUAGUGAGAGACACUGACGAGCUUGUGGGAGUAAGUAACAAGAGUUAUAUCUUUAAAAGUUAUGGAUUUAUUCGAAAAUUCUUCUUCCAUUCUGUCUUGGGAGAGACUAGUCUCUUUUUUAUCGAUGAGCAUCUGUGUGGCGCUUGGGCCAGUAAUGAGGGGAUGUUCCCUGUGUGGGAAAGGCUUACGCUCAGUGAGAUGAAGGUGGUGGAGGUGAAGUCCAUCAAGGGGAUGACUGGUCUUAUUGACGACAUUAACAAUGAGAAUAUUAGUCAUGUGGUAUUUCCUCAUCCACGUCAUUAUGAAUAG